AUGGUGAAAAUAGAAAGUUUUACUAGCUUAAAAGGAGGGUCUAUGCCGGAUAAUAGUGAUAAUGACUGUUCCGUUCCGCAAAUAGGCGAAUAUUCGAAUAAAUACAUGGAAGAAUAUGCAUCCGCAUGUUCUAGCGGUAAUUUACCGGCUGUUCAGCAAUUAAUUGAAGGUGGUAAAAUCAAUAUAAAAGAGGACUAUGAUGAAAAGAAUCAUAUUACAGGUCUUCAUUGGGCGGCAUCGAAUAAUAAACUCUUAGUCGUAGAUUAUUUAAUAAGAAAGGGUGCAGACGUAAAUAUAAAAGAUCAUAAUACAGGUUCCACACCGAUCCAAUGGGCGGCAAGGUACGGGUACGUUUAUAUUGUUGCUUUCCUUUCGAAAAAUGGUGCAAAAUUAGAUGCAUGCGAUUUUAAUGGUUCUAAUUUACUUCAUACAGCUGUAAUCAGCUCUAAUGUUAUGAUGGUACUAUACGUAUUAUUUUUUAUCGUCGAUAAAAAUCAUAUUAAAGUUGACGCACAGGACUCGAAUGGUAGAACUGCUUUAUAUUGGGCAGUAACCCAAGGGGAUAGUUGGACCGUGGAAGCAUUGAUCAAAUAUGGAGCCUCUCUCUCACUACCGGAUAAUAGUGGUGUGAAUCCGCUAUGUGUGGCGAUAGCAAAAGGUUAUAAAAAAAUAUCUUCAUAUAUAUUGCAGCAUUAUGAUGACUACGAAUUUGAAACGGAGGCCUAUGACUCUUGUCUAGCGACUGCACAAAGGAUGAGGGCUACUGAUAUUUUUUAUUCUAUUCUGAGCAAUAAUAAUUACACUACGAAGGGUCAGCGAAAGAAGCCAAUAUCGAUAAGCGUGCGGAGAAGAGAAUUUUCGAUUAUCUUGUGCACAUAUAUCAUGAUAUGGUCAUCAACCUAUAUUUUCUUGCAGUGCACCCUCUUUAUUGGCUUGCUUUUAUCUAGUAUGAUUGCAAUUUUCACUGUUUUUUUCAUUCAAAAAACUCUAAUCAUCACUUCAACAUCAGAAGCUUCUGGCAGGAGAUGCAAAUCGCUGGUGUUGUCACCAUUUUCCUUGGCUACUUUUUCCUCAGUUUUGAUUGCUAUUUUAACCGUAGGUGCUGCAGAAAUGAGAGACAUUUGGCGCCCCUCAUUAUAUUAUACCAUUACUUAUUUAUUAGGUACGCUUUUUGUCACCUAUCUCCUUCAUUAUGUCUACACUUCAGAUCCAGGAAAUAUUCCCCCAGAAUUUUCCCAUGACAAAAUAAGACAAGAUAUGGAAGAUCUUUUGUCACUUAAUAAUUUUGACGUAUCCGGCUUCUGUUUGACUACCUGGGUCAGAAGGCCCUUUAAGAGUCACAUCUCACCUUUGCAAAAGAAACGAGUUGCAGGGUUUGAUCACUAUUGCAUGUGGCUUUAUAAUGACAUUGCAUUGAAAAAUCGUAAAGCCUUCUUCUAUCUUUUACUAGCGUUACAAAUUUUGCUUUACUUCCACAUAUUCCUCUGUGUCAGUUAUUUCAAAAGUAUCCAAACUGCAGCCUGGAAUAGUGCCUCUAUCUUACCAUUUGAAGCCUUAAAGCAAGUAUUAGCUGAGAACAAGAAAGUAUUACUAUCUCUGAUCGUUGCGACUUUUCAGUUGCUGAUAGUGACAAACUCCUUUGUUUGUCAAUUACUUACCGUCUUGCAGGGACUAACCAUCCAAGAAGCUAAAAUGAUAAAGAAUUUUUUAUAUCAAGAGACUACUGAUUACCAAAGAUAUAGGGAAUACUUCAAUUUGCGUACAGAGAGCCUGAUUAUAUAUAAUACCGUUAAUAAUCUUGCGUCAGCAACAAAAAUAAGACCUUUAAAGGUAAUAAAGCUCAGGGAAAGGCUACCAAAUAAAAAUGCCAGGAGAAGAUUUCUUUCUCUUUACAAUAUACUGAAUAUGUGCGGCUGGUCAACAUUAGUGAUACCAAAGAGAAACAAAGAUAAGAUGAAUCUCCUAGCGAACGAAGAUAUCAUAAACCCCAUAUAUUAUGGAUGGAAAAGAAAUUUAGCAGACUUCUUUUUGACAAGUGAUGAAAAUAGUUCCCUCCUGUGCCGCCUCCUUCAUUUCAAUACGACUUCAAAAGCCCUCUUGAAUGGCAAGGAAACUGACUUCUUUACGCUAUAUAGUCUUCCCUCUACUAGAAACCACGUCUCUUCUGCAACAAGGCUGGUGUAA